AGUUCACAAUCAUAGCGUUCAUGCUGGUAUGAUGUGGAACUUGUGCUAGUAUAUACGAAGAAAUACACGUCCUCACUUACGAUCACAAUGUGUGCAUACACAUCUUCUUGGAUUGUUGCAUCUAUCUCAUUCGAGUUAUCACGAACAAACACGACCCCAUAAGAAACCAUCAGCAUUCGGCAAUAUGAAAGACGCUAACAGUCCCGAAUCGGAGGUGGAUGAGCAACUUAUGGCACCUGCAUUCGCAGUUUCCGAAGUCGACGCAUUUGAUCCCACUCAGCCUCCGGCUACAGGCGAGGACUUCCUACGACAAGUCAGGCACGAGGCGAGGCAGUAUGCAAGCACGAUGACCUCGUCGACCGUAAAUCCGCGCCUGUACGAUAUACAACAAACCGUAGCCAUACCACAAUUGAGUGACACAUCCAAUCGUGGGCCACCCGAACGACUGCCCUCAGAAGACUGGGAAAGAUAUGUACUCGAUGAAUUCAAACUGGCAGGCGAGAUUGUCCGCAGCUGGCAGAGCUAUACAGCUAAAGCGGACCUAGCCGAACAGAAGAACUUGGACGGAUCUUUAACCAAGGCAAAGGUUAUUUUGCCACCCCUUAGUAACCGAAACCAGUGGAAGCUAAUAUUUCUCGGUAAAGCAUCGUUGACUAUCGGCGAAUCCGACAUAACAGUGGGUUCAGAAGCUAGCACUAUAGAGUCUCGACCUAUCCUAAGGGCAGUUUCUACAAUAUCGCACAAAUCGAUCUGCUCGCUUCUGGGGCUCCUCGCUUCGGAAUGGCGACUGAAACCACCGACUAUAUCACAGCUGGAGUGGGCUUUUGCGCUCUUUACGUGCCUAGAGACGACAUCUCCAGAUCUAACAUCUACACUAAGGGGGAUUAUGAAACAACUAUUGGACUAUAGACAGAAGGACACUGUAGUCAUAAAUUCCUAUGGUGAAUUGGACUCGUCAUUAGUGGCAGGUAUGAGUCUCAUAAUCACCAUUAUAGGUCGGAUAUAUGGCCAGUACGACUUGAUAUGAGAAAACAGUAAAAGGUCCGUUUGGCCGUGUACAAACAAACACAAGUGAGCGCAUGCUGUCAGAGUAAAAGAUUAUACGCGUAAGGUGGCGGCUCGCAUCACAUUUGGAAAGGCCCUGAUAUGACUAC